AUGAGUACCAUCUCCAACAUGCACCUCUUCUUCUUGGUCCUGGCAGCGGUCCCAUCCUCUUUCUCUGGGGUAAUGAUCAAGAAUGGUGGUGUAGCAUCGGUAUCAGCAGCAGUGUCGUUAGCCUCACCAGUUUCCUUAGAAUCCGCUUCUACACUCCUAGGCUCUGGUCAGACACAAUCAUCUGGGUCACCCGAAGAUAUUGGCUCUCAGUACGGCAAUGUUACUGUUCGCAACAACUGCCCUGAGCCACUAUAUUUGUGGUCCAUCGGCGCGUGGAAACUUCAAGGAUUUCGGAAUACCACGGUCGGUUAUGGAGCGAAGGAAGAGGAGGUUAUGCACACCAUUCCUUCAGGCGAAAAGCAUACCGAGCAGUAUCGCGUCACCUGUCCCCCGGCAAAGAACGGUACAGAGGGUUACUGCUGGGACCACGAUAAGCUGCGUGGCCAAGGCGUCGCGAUCAAAAUAUCCAACAAUCAAAGUCUUGCCGGGGACAUUUCACAAUUCGAGUACGCACUCAUUCAAAAUCCCUUGGACAACACCACAUACCAUAAGCUCAACUACGAUGUCUCGCUCCUUGAUUGCGCCAAAGUCGCAACUUAUGCAGGUUUUUAUGGAUUGGACCUGGCCGAUUCAAACCAUCGAAUCAUUACCGAUGCGAGUUCGUCCGAUCAAGAUCAUACUUUGAAGGUCGAGAAGUGUCCUGGAUACAACACUGGACUUGCCUUGACGUUUCCUUCAGAUAAGAGCGGAGAAAGAUGUAAGCCAAUACAUUGCGAUGGUAAGAAGAAAUGCCAGGUCUAUUACUUUGAUUGGACGAGGAACGGUGAGCCUAGUAUGGCCUGUACUGCCGCAUAUAAGGGCGAUAUGGUGUUGGACUUGUGUAUCGGUAGCAAGAAGGCAGAUGGUAAGUAAAUGUGUUACAUGGGGCUGAUCGUAUGAACAUUGGCUUGAUUGCAUGUACUGUAUAAUUCCUCUUUCCCAUGUCAAUUUUCCGCCAGUCGGGACCUGGCUGUAUUUGAUUCCAAGAUCCUAAAGUGUAUUCCUGAAACCAUGUCCCCUUUGCGAUCAGUGCCUAUUAAAAGUACCAAAAAUAGAAUAAUGAAAUGUUAGAGACCAUCCUCGAAAGCCUUCUUCGCAAUUG